AUGAGUUUUCAUAAAAAUGUUUUCCAAAAAUUGUACGGAUUUGUGGUAAUUUUAAGUGUGUUUGUUAUGACAGUGAUACAAAUGUUUGGAAAAUUAAAUUUUGUUUAUCCUUUAUUGAAAACCUCAGUUUGUGCCCUUGAUGGGGGCGUUGCAUUGUUGAUUGUUUUCUUGGAAAUUGUUGAUGCUGUCAACAGAAAUUUUAUUAACGUAAAAACAAUCUCCCGGUUUUAUAACCAUUUGAAUAAAAUUGAUAAAUUCCUCGAUUUACCCCCAGUCCGGAACUAUUUCCUGCGAGGCGUUUUAAGUUAUAAGUUUUUUGUAAUUAUUGUCCACUGUGUGACUUUCGCUAUGUUUUUUAACGACGUUACGUCCAAUAAUGAUUUUUAUGGAUGGCAAGGUCACAAAUACAAUUGCAUCAGUUUUAUACUAAUUUACAAAAUGACUUGGUUUGUGAUUCGUUUAUAUGUAACCGUGAACGAAAUUCGGCGACGUUUCGAACUCCUCAACAGGAAAUUUGAGCUCAUCAUCAGAACCACAAAUUCGGAAACACCAACAAUCAACUAUCUUAAAUGCCACGAUAUGUUGUGUGGCUUAAUAACCAAAGUUAACAAAACCUACGGUUUUCAAAUAAUGAUAAUGGACAAACUCAUCGCUUUGCGAGUUGUUGAAACGAGUUAUUUGUGUGUGUUAUUCGCCAUUGAAGAGCGCACAAAGUUAAGUGUGCUCAGUUUUGUGAACAAUUGUUUGUGGAGCAUUUGUUUCAUCAUUUGUGGCGCUUUGAUUAGUUUUUCUUGCGGCAAAGCCAACAAACAAGCGCAGUUUAUGAUAGUUCUUUGUCAAAAUCUGUAUAAUAAAGUGGGAGGUCAUCCUCUUAAAGAAGAAAUUUUAAUGCAAUUUGCAAAACAAGUGGUUCUGGCCAAGCCUGAAUUUAACUGUUUGGGGUUCUUCCCGGUGAAUUAUGGUUCAUUUUUGAAGAUAUUGAGCAGUAUUUUCAAUUACAUUAUAAUUGUUCUACAAUUUGAUAUCUAG